ACCGAGCGCACAGAGCCGGCAGGAGAGCCGAGCCGCAGCCACCGGCAUCUCCAUCCAGGAUGCUGGGCGACAUUGCAACAGCUCUCUACGCCCAGCCGCUCAGGGGGCUCCGAGGCAAACAGCAAGUUCGGGGAUCGGGGCCCGGAGCCGAGUGAGGCCGAAGCCCCGCGCAGCGCGCGGGCGGUGAAAAAUCUUGGAAAAUGUAUACAAGUCAUGAAGAUAUUGGGUAUGAUUUUGAAGAUGACCCCAAAGAUAAGAAGACACUUAAGCCCCACCCAAACAUUGACAGUGGAUGGGCUUGGAUGGUGGUUCUUUCCUCCUUCUUUGUGCACAUCCUCAUCAUGGGCUCCCAGAUGGCCCUGGGAGUCCUCAACGUGGAAUGGCUUGAGGAAUUCCAUCAGAGCCGCGGCCUGACUGCAUGGGUCAGCUCCCUCAGCAUGGGCAUCACCUUGAUUGUGGGACCUUUCAUCGGCUUGUUCAUUAACACCUGUGGGUGUCGCCGGACGGCAAUAAUCGGAGGGCUGGUGAACUCGCUCGGCUGGGUACUGAGCGCCUAUGCCGCAAACGUGCAUUAUCUCUUUAUUACCUUUGGAGUGACAGCUGGCUUUGGAAGCGGCAUGGCCUACCUGCCGGCCGUGGUCAUGGUGGGGAGGUACUUCCAGAAGAGACGCGCCCUUGCCCAGGGCCUCAGCACCACCGGGACGGGGUUCGGCACCUUCCUCAUGACCGUGUUGCUCAAGUACCUGUGCGCGGAGUACGGAUGGCGGAAUGCGAUGUUCAUCCAAGGCGCCGUGUCCUUAAACCUGUGUGUCUGCGGGGCGCUCAUGAGGCCCCUCUCUCCUGGGAAGGACCGGAACGACACGGGAGAGAAAGAUCCGCAGGUCGUGCUGGGUCCCUCCCCUGGCUGGAAGUCAAGUGGGCCGCCGGGCGGAGCAGAAGAGAAGGGUGCGGGGCCCGGGAACGAGGAGGAGCCGGUGGGUGACCUCCCCGCCCAGGCGGGCCCGGAGAAGGCCGAGCACCCACAGAACCUGUGCGCCCUCCGAGUUCUGAAGACGGCCAGCCAGCUGACCGUGAGAGUCAGGAGGGGCUUCCGGGACUGGUACUCGGGCUACUUUGGCACAGCCUCGCUCUUUACCAAUCGAAUGUUUGUCGCCUUUAUUUUCUGGGCUCUGUUUGCAUACAGCAGCUUUGUCAUCCCUUUCAUCCACCUCCCGGAAAUCGUCAAUCUGUAUAAUUUAUCGGAGCAAAACGAUGUUUUCCCUCUGACUUCAAUUAUAGCAAUAGUGCAUAUCUUUGCAAAAGUGAUCCUGGGCGUUGUGGCCGACUUACCUUGCAUCAGCGUUUGGAAUGUCUUCCUGAUGGCCAACUUCACCCUUGUCCUCAGUAUUUUCAUUCUCCCACUGAUGCACACGUAUGCUGGCCUGGCGGUCAUCUGCGCACUGAUAGGCUUUUCCAGCGGUUAUUUCUCCCUCAUGCCCGUAGUGACCGAAGACUUGGUGGGGAUUGAGCACCUGGCCAAUGCCUACGGGAUCAUCAUCUGUGCCAAUGGCAUCUCCGCGCUGCUGGGACCACCUUUUGCAGGCUGGAUCUAUGACAUCACAGAAAAAUAUGAUUUUUCCUUCUAUAUAUGUGGCUUACUUUACAUGGUAGGGAUACUCUUUUUACUCAUUCAGCCGUGUAUUCAAAUGAUAGAACAAUCCAGAAAAAAAUACAUGGACGGUGCACACGUUUAGCGUCAUGUUCUGUUUCCUGUAAGAUUUCUUUGGGGUACCUAUGCCUACCUCACAU